CAGAAAGAAAGAAAAGGAGCGGCAGCCUAAAAUCCUUUCCUCUUGCGUUCGUUCCUUCUCCACGUCUUCGGAUAAAAGUCACCCCUUCCCGCCACCUCAUCAUUUUCUUUUCCCCUUUUUUCAAUUUUUCCUUUUUUCUUACAUCCAAACAAAUCCGAAGGAAAAAUAGUAGCACGCCACACACAACACUGUCAUCUUUCUAUCUGCACAUUUUUUCUUUCCUCCGCCUUCCGAAGCUCUCACCUCAAUUUCUAGUUCCCCUCCGCAGCCCAAUCGCUGAAUUUUCCCGCUGAUUCUCUCGCUUCCAUGUACAUGGAAGUGCGUUUUCAUCGCCAUGCCUUCGUAUCUUCAAGCUGUUCAAGUCCUUGUUUUUCUCAAAACUCAAUUCAAGCAGAAGCUUUUGUCAAAGGAGUGGUUCAGUUUGGUUACCUAAUGCAUUGCAGUAGAGCAAGGAGAAGGAGCCUGAAGCAACUUGCUUUUCUGGGGAAUGGUAGUUGUAGUUCUAAUUACCAAUUGGCAGGGUCUAGAAAACAGAAUUUGGACUUCCAUCGAAAGAGAAGGUUGGGCCGGUUAUUGCCAUGUGGAUCUGCUGACGACACUGUAACUGUUAAUGGGAGCCCCACACCAAGCACCAGUGGUGAUGUGAAGGAAAUGAGAAUGAAACUCAAUCAGUCACUACAAGGGGAAGAUCAAGGUGAUAGACUGGUUCAGUCUUUGCAUGAUGCAGCCAGGGUUUUUGAGUUGGCAAUUAAAGAGCGAGGCAUCGUGUCAAAUUCCUGGUUCUCAACAGCCUGGCUUGGUGGAGAUGGUAAUGCGUGGCUGAAAACGUUGACUUAUCAGGCUUCUGUAUAUUCCUUAUUGCAAGCAGCUUGUGAGAUAUCAUCUCGAUGCAGUGGUGGAGACAAGGAUGUAAACAUGUUUGUUCAGAGAAGCUUAUUAAGGGUAUCUGCUUCCUUGGAGAGCCUAAUCAGGGGAAAACUAUCUGCAAAGCAACUUAAAGCUAGCGAAUGGUUUUGGGCUGAACAAAUUCCAUUGGCUGUGACAUCCUUUGUUAAUUACUUUGAUGGAGCCCCACGUCUUACAGUUGCCACUUCUGUGUCUGGGAAAGGCAUGUACUUGGGCUCGGACAAUGGAGCUGAUACUUCACUCCUUUUACUUGCAUUGACUUGUAUUGCUGCUAUCACAAAACUUGGCCCCACUAAAGUUGCUUGCUCCGAAUUAGUUCCAGUAGACAUUACUGGCAAAUUGAUGGACAUGCUGGUUGAUUUGAUUCCUAUACAUCAGGCUUAUCGGUCAAUCAAGGAUAUAGGUUUACGCAGAGAGUUUCUUGUCCAUUUUGGACCUCGGGCAGCAGCAUGCAGAGUGCAGGAUGAUCUUGGUUCGGAAGAAGUUGCUUUCUGGGUUAAUCUUGUGCAGAAGCAGCUCCAACGAGCUAUAGAUAGAGAGAAAAUAUGGUCAAGACUGACAACAUCUGAAAGUAUUGAGGUGCUGGACAAGGAUUUGGCUAUAUUUGGAUUUUUUGUUGCCUUGGGAAGAAGCACCCAGUCCUUCUUAUCUGCAAAUGGAUUUGACGUAGUUAAUGAGCCUAUUGAUGGUUUCAUGAGGUUUCUAAUCAGUGGCAGCGUAUUAUAUUAUCCUCAACUUUCAUCAAUAAGCUCUUAUCAGUUAUAUGUAGAGGUUGUUUGUGAGGAGUUGGACUGGCUUCAAUUUUAUCCAGGGCACGACAACACCUUAAAACAGUCGCAUGGUCACGAAAAUAAAGAUAAUCCUCCAAAUGCUGAAGCCAUUCCUCAAGUACUUGAUGUCUGCUCUCAUUGGAUGCAAAGCUUUAUUAAAUAUAGUAAAUGGCUGAAGAACCCUUCUAAUGUUAAGGCGGCGAGGUUCCUGUCUAAGGGACACAAGAAACUAAUGGAAUGUGUGGAUGAACUGGGCAUAUCAAGGAAUGUUGCAGAGAACGCUAGCAACCUUUCUAUUGAGAGAGUUGGGUCUAGUAUAUAUUUACCAACUAAGCAGGAUACAGAUUCUUUUGAAAAGGUUUGUCCUCUGUGCUACCUACCCAUUCCAUGGAACUGUCUCUCACUUUGUUCUCAUGUUCUGGGAAUCUUAUUAUUAUUAUUAUUAUACUAUUAUUGGUAUUGUUAUUAUUAUUAUCAUCAUCUCUCCCCUCCCUUAUUUCUUUUGCGUCACUUUUAGCUGUAUUUCCAUGCAGGUGCUAUAUUAAGUUGAGUGACAUCACAGUAUAGAUUUAAACUCAAGAUGUUAUUUUGGGAUAUGCCCUGCAGGCACUAACCUUGAAGCAUCCUGGUUAAACUGCAUUGGAAGGAGUCGAAGAAGCUCUCAUAAAAUUGGAAAAUCUGCUUCAAGAGUUCCAUGUUUCAAGUUCUAGUCGUGGAAAAGAGCAGUUAAAAGCUGCUUGUUCUGAUCUUGAAAAGAUAAGGAAACUCAAGAAAGAGGCUGAAUUUCUGGAGGUAUCAUUCAGAGCAAAAGCAGAAUCCUUAGAUCAGGGAGAUGAGGAUAACGAUCUCCAGUCUUCUUGUCGUGAGCAGCAACAGUACUUGGAAGGGAGGCUAGAGCCCAGUGACAGUGAACUUCGUGGACUGCAAAGCUUCAUAGGUUUUCCGACCAAGAAGCCUUGCUCUGACUUAUCAAGCCUGGGGGUUGCAAAGUCAGAGUCAAUCAAAAUUCAACGUUUUGAACUGAUAAGGAAUGAGCUGGUGGAAUUAGAAAAGCGGGUGAAAGGAAGUACAGAUCAGUAUGAAAAUGAAGAGGAAGUUAAAAGCACAGGUGAUGGUACUCCAGAUUCUGUGUUCUUCCCAGCCAAGAAGAAGGGCGAUAUUAUUGCAAGCUCGGUCGAAAAACUGAAAGAAACUAGCAUGGAUGUCUUGCAAGGAACACAGCUCCUAGCUAUUGAUGUUGGCGCGGCAAUGGGACUGCUUAGAAGGUCCUUGAUUGGAGAUGAGCUGACAGAGAAAGAGAAACGUGCUCUUCAAAGAACUGUCACAGACUUGGCAUCCGUUGUCCCCAUUGGUGUUCUCAUGCUUCUUCCUGUUACUGCAGUUGGCCACGCAGCAAUUCUAGCUGCUAUUCAGCGAUAUGCACCCGGAUUGAUACCUUCUACAUAUGGACCAGAAAGGCUCUACCUCUUGAGGCAGCUCGAGAAAGUGAAGCAAACAGAAGCCAUUGAAGUCGACCCCCAAGAAAGCGACGAGUCCCCAUCCUGAUCCUUACAACCACACAGGCCCCUCGUCUUAUGUACAUCCAUUCUGGGGGCAAAAAAGAAGUUUGGCUUCGUCGUCAUCUGUUGGUUCUGAAUCCCAUCGACAGCAAAUGAGCAUACAUAAUUUCAUUCCACACAUCUGGGAUUCCUGGUAGGCACCAGUGACUGCAAUCCUGUGGAGCGUCCGGUGGGGUCCCCGGCUCACGGUAGCGCGAUGGGUGGCCGUCGCUCCUGUACUCUGUCAGAUGUGUAAUGUUCAAGUACUCAACUCUCUUGUAGUUUCCCCAUCUCAUCUCUGUAAUCACUUGAGAAAUCGGUCGGUUAUUCGUCGGCUCAGGGGCAAGAAGCUUCGGGUUCGUCUCUGGUUGCAGGUCCAGAUCACAGUGCCCUCCAUCGGCCCACGUCCCAUUCCUACAACACCGCCUGCGUUUUGUCAUCCAUAGUAUAGCAAUGAAAGAAAAAAGGUUGUUAGGUAUACUCUGUACUGAGAGAAGGAACAUGCCUGUAAUGAGCAGGGGAAUAGCUGCGAAAGAAGACAUGACUCUUCUGAGGAUCCAGAUUCUCAGUCACCCAAUUCCUCCAUGUCUGUAGCGAUUUUUCAAACGCUUCCAUAACCCCCAUAGACCUGUUUAUUACUCCAUUUUCUUCGAAAUAGUGACCCCUGGACUUGGAGAGAAAAAGAGAGCAAACAGUGAUGUCAUUUCCAUGGAGUGCUGGGUGGUAUGUAAUUGUAAUGUAAAGGAGGGCAGGGCACUGCGUACGUUACGUACAUGUAGAUGGUUUUGUACUGGUUCCACCAGUGUCCAGCAUUGAACACCAGAACGUCUGCACCGACCCAUCUGUUGGAGAACCAGUGGAGCUGGUCGACCUUGAUCGCCGCCUUGACCUCUGGCGGGGAACCGCGAGGCGGGCGGCCGAUGAUCACCAGAAAGGGCAGUCUGUAGUACUCGACGGUGAGGUUGUAUUCGCUGAAUCGCAUGACGAGGAAGCCUCUGUGCUUGGAGAUGGGCUUCCCGUUGACUUCGUAGAUGGUGGAGACAUUGGAGACUCCCUGCGCCAGCAUGCAGAGGAACGACUCCCACUGGUUCCUGCCGAUGGAGUCCCCGGCGAACACUAUCCUCCCGUUCCUCGCCCUUUCCAGAAAGUCCGUCGCGUUGAAUCUGGGGAGGUUACAGCGGCGUGGCUGCCAGCGCCAGUUGAGAUAAUCCACGUCAUCCCUGCCGUUCCAGCGACAGCGGAAGCCAGGAUCAAGAAACGGGCAGUUCUCCCCGUACGAUCCGACGUCGUCCUGGUUCUUCCUCACAUCCCGGACCCACUCCCCGUCGCCGUAGUCACCGCAGGCUGUCAAGGUUCGGGCCAAGAAGCCGACCCGAAAGUAGGAGACCGGAUCGAGCGGGGCGAGGAGAUCCAAGGCGUAGAGAGAAGAUCCGAUUAAGAGAAACAAGGAAAGAAAAGCGUAGACGAGCUCUCUCCGAAUUACAACCGCUGCUGCUGCUUUUUGGGAUCGGCGGCAGGGUGAAUGCUGUGGUGGUUAUGACGACGAUGGUUAUUAUCGUCGUCCAUUAGAAUCGACGAAGUGUAUGGCUGAUCUGAUAACGAGAGAAAAGGGUAAAAAAUUAUGGAAAAGGAAAGGGCCGGGGAUUUUGGGAGAGAGGACGACGAGAUAUAUCAUAUGAUAAGGUUCAGCUUGCAUGGAAGGAAUUAGAGAGACAGCCGGAACUUCCUCCCUUUUUCCUUUCUUUCUGUUUGUUUAUUGAUUUUACUUAGUUUACUGAGACGUAUUUUUUUCUAGUUAUUUAGAGGUUCUGGGUUCUUUUCACAAACAUUGCAGGGUUUUUGGGUCGGGGGUGGAGGAGAGAACAAAGAUUUCGGGUCCGACGGAUCAAUGAAAUUAAGACACCGAAGAAAGCGAGGGCAAACUGCCAUAUUUAUCUCUUCUUUUUAUCUCUUACCUGUUUAUUA